AGAACAUGGAAAGAGAUCUUCAGGACUUUUUCAAAACAUGUGACUCACUUCCUUUUGAUCUAUUAACCGCACUUUCAUCUGGAUACUUUGCAUCGAAUAACAGCACCUUGAUGAAAGUGGGCUUCCUGCGGAUUAAUCUCUAGCAUCAGCGAAGCUCAGCAUGUCAGGAAACACAACACUUCUACUUUCCAACCCGACAAACGUCUUGGACAAUUCUUCCGUGCUGAAUGUCUCUGUCUCACCACCCGUGCUCAAAUGGGAGACCCCGACCUUCACCACGGCUGCUCGAUUCCGUGUUGCGGCCACCCUGGUGCUCUUCGUAUUUGCUGCCGCGAGUAACCUGUCCGUGCUGCUCAGUGUAACACGGGGUCGAGGCAGGCGCUUGGCCUCACACCUGCGCCCGCUCAUUGCCAGCCUGGCCUCGGCUGACCUGGUCAUGACUUUUGUGGUGAUGCCACUGGAUGCGGUGUGGAAUGUGACAGUGCAGUGGUAUGCUGGAGACGCCAUGUGCAAGCUGAUGUGCUUUCUGAAGCUGUUUGCCAUGCACUCGGCCGCAUUCAUUCUAGUGGUUGUGAGCCUGGACAGACACCACGCCAUCCUGCACCCGUUAGACACCCUGGACGCAGGACGCAGGAACAGGAGGAUGCUGCUGACUGCAUGGAUACUCAGCCUACUCCUUGCUUCCCCACAGUUGUUCAUUUUCCGGGCAAUUAAGGCCAAAGGUGUCGACUUUGUCCAGUGCGCUACACACGGCAGCUUUCAACAGCACUGGCAGGAAACGGCAUACAACAUGUUUCACUUUGUCACGCUUUAUGUGUUCCCUCUGCUCGUCAUGAGUUUGUGCUAUACACGUAUCCUGGUUGAAAUCAACCGCCAAAUGCACAGGAGUAAGGACAAAGCAGGAGAGCCUUGCCUGAGACGCAGUGGAACGGAUAUGAUCCCCAAAGCCCGUAUGAAGACCCUGAAAAUGACCAUAAUUAUUGUCGCCUCAUUUGUCAUUUGCUGGACGCCGUAUUACCUCCUCGGAAUCUGGUAUUGGUUCCAACCACAGAUGCUGCAUGUGAUCCCUGAUUAUGUCCAUCAUGUCUUCUUUGUUUUCGGGAACCUCAACACAUGUUGCGACCCAGUAAUAUACGGCUUCUUUACGCCAUCGUUCCGUGCCGACUUGUCCAGAUGUUUCUGUUGGAGGAACCAAAAUGCUUCAGCCAAAUCUCUGCCACACUUCUCUGGUCAUAGGAGGGAGGUUAGUGGGGAAGCAGAGUCAGACUUGGGCAGUGGUGACCAACCCAGUGGACAGUAAGCUCAAAUGAUUUGAACUUGAUAAUGUUCUUUGUUUCAAGGGAAAUGUGAUGAUUAACUGUAGUAUUAAUCAUGUACUGCCUUAUCUUUUUCACGUGGUCUGGUAUUCUAAAUGAGAAAAAUUAAAAAUGGAAUCUAAGAAUUGUUAAAUGCCUGUUAGGGAUGGGAAUCACCAGGGACCACCUAUUACAAUAUUAUCACGAUACCUACUGUAGGUGCCGGAUCGAUUUGUAUUGCGAUUCUUGAAAUAAUUGAAGUAAACAAACCUAGCAAAUAAUUUGCUCACAGCACACAGGAUACUGUGCUACUUGCCAGUGUUGGAAUAGUUUAGAGUGCACCACCUGCAACAUUUUACCACUAAAACAAAUAAAAAAAAAAAAAAAAAAAUAAUAAUAAUAAUAAUAAUAAUAAUAAUAAUAUGAAUAAUAAUAAUUUUUAAUGGGAGCA